AUGAGUAAAUAUAAUAGUAAAAGUGGUAGUAAUGUACGAAAGAUAACAUUAAUUACUAUCCUAGUUUUUGGUAUUAUAACUGUUGGGGUUUUCACAUUGUCCUCCAUAAACUCUGGUAAAGACAUUCAAGAAGUUAUUUCAAAUUUACCAAAUGAUAAAUUAUUAGGAUUGUCAAAUUUAUUAUCAAAUGAAAAUAAUAAAGCUACAGAUGAAUUACUUAAUAAAAUAGAGAAAAUGAAUAAAAAGUUAUUUAAGGAUCAAGAGGAACGUUUGGAUAAAAUAGAACAAUUACAAGCAAAAUUAUUAAAAGAAAUUAAAAGUCUUAAAUCAAUUAGUCCUAAAAGUUCAAUUAGAGAAAAAUUGACAUUUUUAUAUCCUUAUGAUCCAACAGUUAAAUUUCCAGCAUAUAUAUGGCAAUCAUGGAAACAUGGUUUAAAUGAUCCAAAAUUUGAAGAAAAAUUUAAAGAUGGAGAAUCACAAUGGGCUUUUAAAAAUCCAGGUUUUGUACAUGAAUUAUUUAAUGAUGACACGGCAUUAGCAGUUGUAAAUCAUUUAUAUUCAAAUGUUGCAGAAGUUAUAGAUACUUAUGUAAGCUUACCUGAAGUUAUAUUAAAACAAGAUUUUUUCAAAUAUUUAAUUUUAUUUGCUAAAGGUGGUGUUUAUGCAGAUAUUGAUACUUAUCCAUUACAGCCAAUACCAAAUUGGACACCAGAAAAUGUAAGUCCAUUAGAUAUUGGAAUGAUUGUAGCUAUUGAAUUAGAUUCAAAUUCACCAAAUUGGAAAACAGAAUCAAUUAGAAGAUUACAAUUUGGUCAAUUUGUAAUACAAGCAAAACCAGGACAUCCAAUAUUAAGAGAAGCAAUAGCUAGUAUAAUAGAAUAUACUCAGAAAUUGAAAAUUGAAAAUAAUAAUAAUGAUGGUGACGGUUUAAAAUUAACUGGAAAUAGUAAUAAAAAAUCAUUGAAAAUCUCAUCAUGGACUGGUUCAGGGUUAUGGACAAAUGUAAUUAUGAAAUACUUUAAUGAUUAUAUACAAUCAUCUGUAUUUCAAAAAAUUACAUGGAAAGAUUUUAAAGAUUUAAAAAUUCCAAAAUUAGUUAGUGAUAUUUUAGUGUUACCAAUAAAUUCAUUUGCAAGUGAUAUAGAAAUAUCAAAUGAUGGUAAAAUAGAUGAUCAUUUAGCUUUUGUAAAACAUUAUGCUGCUAAAAUAUGGAAAUCAGGUUAG